AUGGCACCUGUCGGCGAAGACUCCGUCAUCCAGGCGACGUCCCUGGAUCGCUCCUUCAUUGACGGCUCUGGCGACCCGGAGCGCAAGCACCCAGAGACUCAUGUCACUGGGCCGCCAGCCUACCUCCUCUCCGAGGGCAAGGCCACUCUCCAGGAGAGCUAUCUCGGCAGCGACCGUGAUGACUUCCCCACCGAGGAGCAGAUGCGCACCCUGCGCCGUGUGCCCCAGAAGAUUCCCUGGAAGAUCUUCACCAUCGCCUUUGUAGAGCUUUGCGAGCGCAUGUCCUACUAUGGUACCAUUGUUGUCUACUCCAACUUCAUCAACAAGGGCCGCGUCGACAAGGAAGGCAAUCCCACUGCCACGUCCACCGGUGCUGCCAUCAACCCCAGCAGCGAUGAGGCUCAGCCUGGUGCCCUUGGCUUGGGCAAGCAAAUUGCCUUCUCUCUGACCACCUUCAACUCGUUCUGGGUCUACGUCGUGCCUCUCUUCGGUGCCUGGGUGGCUGACAAGUACCUUGGUCGUUACAAGACCAUCUUCUACUCCGUCCUCAUUGCUGAAAUCGGUCACACCAUCCUCGUCGUCUCUGCUGCUCCCUCGAUCCUCGAUAAGCCACACACUUCCCUCGGUGUCUUCAUCGUCGGUCUGCUCAUCACUGGUUUUGGAACGGGUACCUUCAAGCCCAACAUUUCCCCGCUCAUCAUGGAGCAGAUGCCGGAUGACCCUCUCCGCGUCGAGGAGCAGAAGGGCGAGCUCGUCAUCGUCGACCCUGCCGUCACUGCCACCCGCAUCUACAACUGGUUCUACUGGUUCAUCAACUGGGGUGCGCUCGCUGGUCAACUCGGCAUGGUCUUCGCUGAACGCUACGUCGGUUUCUACUGCGCUUUCCUGAUCCCCCUCAUCUUCUUCCUGCUCAGUGUUCCCAUCUUGCUCUUCUGCAAGAAGUGGUACAAGCUCACGCCUCCUAGCGGCAGCGUGCUUGGUCCCGCUGUUAAGCUUUUGUUCAAGGCUCUCGGACACGGUUUCUCCUUGAACCCGGCCAAGACAAUCAAGAAUUGGAAGUCUGGUGAGGGUUGGGAUGCGCUUAAGCCCUCUGCUCUCGGUGCCAACAAGCCCAAGUGGUACAACUUUGACGACGCCUGGGUUGACGAGGUCCGCCGUGGUUGGGGUGCUUGCGGUGUCUUCAUGUGGGUGCCCAUCUACUGGCUCGCCUACCGCCAGAUGGACAACAACUUGACCGCUAUGUGCGCCACCAUGGCGCUGCACGGAACGCCCAACGAUCUGCUCCAAAACAUGGACCCCAUUACGCUCAUUGUUCUCGUCCCGAUCUUUGAUCUGUUCAUCUACCCCUUCCUGCGCAAGCACAAGAUCAACUUCUCCCCCAUCAAGAAGAUCACCGCCGGUUUCAUCUUCGGUGGAUUUGCCAUGCUGUGGGCAACCGUCCUCCAGCACUACGUGUACAAGACCUCUGGCUACUACGAGACCGGCGACCCAGACUACAAGUCUCCCAUCAACGUGUGGGCCGUGACUGGUGUCUAUGUCCUCGUUGCCAUCUCCGAGAUCUUCGCCUCCGUGACCACUCUUGAGUACGCCUACACCAAGGCCCCCAAGAACAUGAAGUCCCUCGUCAUGGGUGUACAGUGCUUCACCACGGCUUUCUCCGCCGCUCUUGCCCAGGCAUUCACCCCGCUCACCAACGACCCUCACCUCGUCUGGAACUACGGCUCUGUCACCAUCAUCUCCUUCGUCGUCGGCAUCCUGUUCUACAUUGUCUACUACAAGACGGACCAGGCCGACCAAGAGCUCAACAUGCUUCCCACCGGCCACUUCGGUAACCCCGACCAGGCUGUCGACGUCGAACGCCGCAUGAGCACUGCCGCCGAGAGGCGCGCCAGCGCCGUCGACGAGAAGAAGAUCUCGUCUGAGCCCGUCCCCGAGAAGAUCUAG